UUUAAAGUUGGAAGCAGCAGUUGCGAGGAGGAUAGGUACAAAAGGGGAAGGUUUCACUCAUCAAAACACCGCACAUUUGCUUACUUUGUCUCACAGGUCCUAAAACUGGCGCGUUGCUGGCACUUAUCUGCUUACUACUAUCAUAGACUAUAAAAAAAUCUCACAUAUAACAUACUGCAAUUAGACAUGUAGUCUAUUAGCUCUCGACAAACUUCAUGGCGGAAGUCUAGUCAUGGGCAAAAUGUGAGUUCUAGAAUGCUGUUUGCUAAAUGAUAAUUGAUAAGAAAAACUCAGGGACACAGAGCUUUACGAUCAAAUCAAAAUCACGAGAUACGAAACACAGAAUGUUGUCUGUUCAGGCCCACUUACCUUAAACUGAGGCCACCUCUGAUACAUCUUGCUAUACUUAUUCUUUACAGCAUUUCUUAUUGUAUUCACAACUGAAAGUCAUGCAACACUCUUUGUUACCAGAGCUUCGAGACCCUAAGGAAACUCUUUCGGUGUUAAAGAGGACAGUAAUCUCUAAUCUAAGUUUGAAAGAACGUGCUGAAUUCCUGCAAUUCUUACAAAAUUGCUCCAUUACAGUUGAUCUCAUCGAGAAAUUACCGUUGGAUAUCACUACUCUUAUUUUCGGCUAUUUUAAACCGGAAGAGUUGACUAUUUUAAGGCUAGUAUCAAGAACUUGGAAUAGAAAAGUAACACAUGACUCCGUUUGGAGAAGGAAAUGUCAGGAAUAUAGUGUCAUCCCACCAUCAAAAAGCCUAGCGGGCAACUUUAACACAACAGUACCUAUCUACCACGACAUCUUUCGCAGAGCCAUGACUGCAUGUAAAACAUGGAAGAAUCUAGCAUGCAGACGGAUAGAGUUGCAUUAUCAUACAGGACCGGUUCUCUCUCUGUUAAUAGUCCAUCCUACACGUGUCAUUACAGGUGACAUCAAUGGAAAAAUACACGUCUUUGAUUCACAAAACCAAAAGUAUAUCACCUGUAUCCAAGCCCAUAAAGGACAUGUAUCAUGUCUUGCUGCCUCCACUAGGCACGAAAAAUUGCUAGCAUCGGGUUCGGUUGAUCAUACUAUUGUCAUUCACGACUUGGUCACUUUUCAGUAUAAGAUGUGUUUACGCGGACAUAAAAAACCAGUAACAGCACUUGCUUUCAGCACCCAACGCAACCCAACAAUAGAUUCAAUCACGAGAAAGAAGGACUAUUUUGCACCACUCAUCAGCGGAUCUGUUGAUAAAACCAUACGUAUUUGGGAUACUAAGGCAGGGGUAUGUUUGCGCAUACUUAAUGGACAAAGCAACACUAUCAAUUCCAUCAUUUAUAUACCCUACCUUCCUCCCAACUUCUGCAGGUCUAAAACAGAAUCAAAUGCUAUUCAAGGUAACAAAGCCGGCUAUUUGAUCUCGGGUUCCAGCGAUCAAAAUAUUUUCUUAUGGGAUUUGAAGAAAACCAUCGUCAAAGAUCAGCCAGAGGUUCUAAGCUCUAUAAUGAAAACACACGGUCCUAUCUCAGCAAUGGCCGUAUACAAUGAAUUUCUUUAUACAGAAGAUGUUAAUGAGGAUGUUAAUGAGGAUAAGCACCUGAGAAUGAGAAGAAAAUUGGGAUAUGGUUCCCUCGACUGUUACGUGUAUGCAAAAAGACCCAUUCAUGUACCUCCUUUUCUGGCCUACGCUGCGCUAUCAGAUCGAGCAGUAUCGAUCUUUGCGGUGCCUAGUCUAGAAGAUGCACAGGUCGCUUCACUUAAUGUGCAUUCUAAUACCAUCUGGUCUAUAUCAGCGGCACCUAUUCAUUCAAAGUUGGUCAGUACUUCAGGAGAUAAAACAGCUAUUGUAUGGGAUUUGAAGUCACCGAAAACGAGAUUUAAAGUAGGAGGCUUUGAUAGUCCGGUGAUUUGUUCAGCUAUUUCUCCACAGGAGGAGCUUUUAGUCUUUGGUACUGAAUUGGGAACUAUCGUCAUUUUUGAUAUGCAGGAAUUUGCUUAGUGCCACUGAAAUACAUUAACUAAUGUAUUGAUGUAUAUAUCUGUCUACGAUGCUUACGUUUGAUGAUUUUAAGCAUUAAUUUAUUAUCGCCUUUAUACUCUAAACAAAAGAAUUAAAAUGUUUUGUUCUAUAC